CGAGGCGACACGCUUGCAAACCAGCAAUUAUCCUCCGAACGCCCGAGGAUACAGUUUGGCAGGUUCAGAAGGAAGUAGAAGACAGCAGAGCUGACAGAUAGCCAGUGUGCAAGUGAAUUUCUCCAUCUCGGUGUGCUGUUUGUGUACCGUUUAAGUUUUUCAGUGUUCACGUGAGGUUUUACUUUUAAGACAGAGUGCUGUCAGUGUAUACACUCGGAAAAUGGAUCCAAAUAAUUCUUACAACACGAUCGACCAGCUAAUGCCCACCAUUCAUCAGCUAACUAAUUACACCCAGUUCUUGCCCUCGUAUAUACCACAGAUGAGCGUGGAAUACAAUAACCAUCAACUUCCAGAAGAGUACGAAUCCAAUGCGAACUCCACAAUGAAACAACACAACAAUCAGCCCACGUAUUUAUCUUCGACCAUUCGGCAAGUUUCGACAGCCCCUGUGACAGGGUCAGUUUUUUGUACUGACGCUGCCUACAGCUGGCCGCCAGCACCGAGGAACUUCCCGCAAAGGGAUCUGUACGUCAUGCCGCCCUCACCCCCGGGCUUACCACCACCUGCAAAUGCGAGCCUUCAUUCGUCAGCAAACAUCUUCAGGAAGCCGGUGACGCCCCCAGCAGAAAGAGAAGAAAUGUUAAAGGCUCUACGGGAGUUUAACGUAAAGAUACAGGCAGAUCAAGCGAUGCUAAACGCUUUUCACAACAUUGAUUCGAGGGCGGCGAGAAAAUGCACUCGCUGCCAGUGCCCCAACUGCAUGGCAGACGGCGGCAAUGUAGGCCGAGACGGAAAGAGACAGCACAGCUGUCAUAUAGAUGGUUGCAAUAAGGUAUACGGCAAAACUUCCCACCUGAAGGCCCAUUUACGGUGGCAUUCCGGAGAGAAGCCAUAUUUUUGUAAUUGGAAACCCUGUGGGAAGUCAUUCACAAGGAGCGAUGAGUUACAACGUCACAUGCGUACCCACACAGGUGAGAAAAGAUUUGUUUGUCCCGAGUGCGGCAAGCGCUUCAUGCGAAGCGACCAUUUAAACAAGCAUCGAAAAACACACGACAAGCAGGCGGCCAAAAAGAAAGCGAAGAAACUGGCUGACGAAGCCGGUGCCUCGUCUGGGGCACCCCCGGCCGCCAACAAGGAGAACGGCAUCGCCAUGCCGAUUGUAAACUUCAACCUGACUGCUCAGAUGUCGCAGAGACAGCAGCAGCAGCAGCAGCAGCAGCAGCAGCAGCAGCAGCAGCAGCAGCAGCAGCAGCAGCAGCAGCAGCAGCAGCAUCAGCAGCAUCAGCAGCAGCAGCAUCAGCAGCAGCCCCAAGUUCUCCAAGAACCCCAGCACAAUCUGCCGUAUUUUUCUCAUCUACAGUACAACCAGUACCAACAAACAAAUAGCGCCUUCAAAGAGACUGGAGCACACGUGAUGUCAGAAUAUCACGAGCAACUUUAUCUCCAAGCACAAUCGGCGAAUCAAAUGAAUGGCUGGUCAGAUCAGUCUCUAUCCACAGCUAUGGGACUUUUGUUUUGAGUGCGACAGUGUAGAUUGAUUUUUCGCCGAACGAACAAUUUAAGCAAUACAAACGUAUUGCUAGCGAUUAUCAGAGACUCAGCUUACGAAUUGUUUUUGUACACGCGAGACUGAAUAAUUGUUGUUUUUAGUAAAUUAACUAUUGUUUUCUUUUUAUUUAUCAGUGCGAAAAAAUGUCGUUCACGUUGAAUGUUCGGAUAUGGAAAACGCCCGAGGACUGUUUACAUAGAUUUAAGUUUAGCGCGGGCGUCGUCGCGCGAUCGGUAAUGAUAAUAAUUUUUUGCAAGUAAAUAAAAGAACAAAUUUUUUUUUAAUUAGCAUUUUUUGCACGAACGUAUAGCAUACCGUCGAUAUGUAACGAAACUACAAAAUUGUCACUAUUAUUAGAGCAACUAUACUUUGAAUUCGUUCGUGCAAAAAAUGUCAUUCGAAGGAAGUGCAUAUCUAACGAGAUAUGCAGAGUAUACGAAAAUUUAUACUCACGCGUAAUAUGUAGUCUGACGGAAUCGUACUUAUAUGUAUGCGUUGUAAUUGUUUGUAGUCUUAAGGAAACUUAAUUAUAUGUAUGAAUUGUUAUUUGUAUAGCACAUUAUUUCACGCCGCACGUUCAUUAUUAAUUGUUUUACGCGAGUAUAAAAAUUGUUAGUCUUAAGAGCGUAGGAAUAAAAUUUAUAGCAAUUGUAUCAUUCGUUUGAAAACUUCCAUCUGUACAUAGUGUAUUUAUAAAAACUACUUGGAUGUGCGAUAAUGUGCUUACACGUGUAAAUAGUAGCCGUGAAAAAUCGAACUUAGAAAUAAUAAUAGCUGAAAGUUGAACUACAAAAU